GUGCUGCACCUGUUGAGGUAAAAGUCUGUUCCUCCUGCCGGAAACUUUGACGGCUCACCUGGUCAACCUGGACCCACCGACCCGCGGCCUGCUGGGAGGUUCUGGACGUUCUGCGGCGGUUCUGGAAGGAGAGCGGGUCAAUGGAUAAACUGAAGCAAGUUCUGGGCGGGCAGGACGGCGGCGGCAGCUCGGACGGGAGCGGCAUACUGGAGAGAGCCAAUCAGGCGUCCACUCUGGCCUGGGGGACCCGGAUGAAGGGCUUCGUCAUCUGCUUCAUACUGGGGGACGUGUGUGUCCAACAGGCUACCUGCCUGCUGUGGAUCCCAGGGUUUGGACUUCCUGUGUUCGCUGUCCUCUACACCGUAGGAAACCUCUGCGCUCUGGCCAGCACCAUGUUCCUGAUUGGUCCGUUACGGGCAGCUGAAGAAAACAUGUGCGCUAAGGUCCGAGCCCUGGCCACCGCCAUCAUGCUGGUCUGCCUGGUUCUGACUCUGUGCGCUGCAUUCUGGUGGAAGAACAACGGCUUGGCGCUGCUGUUCUGUGUGCUGCAGUUUCUGGCCUUCACCUGGUACGGCCUGUCUUACAUCCCAUUCGCCAGGGACGCUGUCAUCAAGCUGUUCUCCCUCUGCAUGUAGAGCCACCAAUCAGGACACGGGAUGCUGGGGUGUGUAUCCAAUCAGGAAUCAGGUUUUAUUUAUUAAUAAUCACAUUGGAUCUAAUUCGCCAUGUUAACAUAGAAUGACGCAGCUUUAGUUUCAUAUUAUUGCAUUUCAGAUUCAGGCUAAAAUAUUUAAAGUUUAUUUAAACUACGGUGGAGUUUUGGGGCCAGACUAAAGGAUCCUGACUUUAUUCACCUUUUGUUACUUUAUUCUGAUAUUGUUGCAGCUCUGUUACCAAAUUAUGAUGUUAUUUCUGAGUUAUUAUUAUGUCACUGUGACGUUGUUGCAACUUCACUCAUAAUUUCACUAAACUAAAUUCUUUUAGUCUAACCCAAAUUCCAUAUUGUGAAAAAUAAAUGAACAUAUAAACGUUAAAUUUUAAAGCUUCUUGGUCACAUUUAUGCUCUUCUUCAGCUGUUUUAUAAUAUUUAAUAUUCUGAUCACAAAACACUUCAAAUGUAGUGAAUUAUUCACAGAUUGUGUCAUAAUAAUUACACUACUGAAUGUGAGCCAGUUAUUUAUUAUUAUUAUUAAAAAAGGUGAAGAAAAUGAAAUAUGAGGAUAAUUUUUAUUGAAUUGAUAAUAACUGUAUUAUUUUAAUCUAUUUAUUUGAUUUGUUUUGGUUUUCAUUUGGCCGUGUUGUUGUUCCAUAUUAGCAGGGUCUGUUGGUUCAAGCUUUAAUUCCUGUGUAAUAAUUAUGUAUUUUAUUAAUAUGAAUGUAUGUGAAAACCUGGCCUUAUUAUUAUUAUUAUUAUUAUUAUUAUUAUUAUUAUUAUUAUUAUUAUUAUUAUUAUUAUUAUCAGCUGCAGAGCUGAUGAUCAUUUUGCCUGAGAACAAAUCCACUAAUGUUCCUUCGAUCAUUAUGACACAUUUCAUCAGAAUUAUUUAUUAAUUGAUUCCUUUAUGGAAAUGAUUGUAAAUAUUUCCUGCUUUAACAACAUUUCAUUGAUUUCUUUAAUAUUUAAUUGAAAUAUUUUGAUAAAUUCUUUAAAUUUGAGCAUUUCAAUGAGGGAUCCUCCUUCCUGUAAGUUUUAGCUUGACUAAUAUCAGAAACAUCUAGCGCCCCCUUCAGUCCCGGUGAGGAAGUGGAAGAUGGUUUUACUUUCAUGAGAACAUUUUUGUGUUUGUAUAAUUUGAAUUUGUGUUUCUGAACAUCCUUUUUUCUCCAGAAGUUUUGUAUUUCCUGUCAAAUCUGAAUAAAUGUAUUUUUGAGGCAAA